AUGCCAUUACCUCGAUACUCCCUCGACGACGGCGGGGAUGGAGACGAAGACACGCUCGAAGAGUCCUACACGUCUGCUGCGUCUGCAUCGCGUCUUCCUGGUUCUUCCAUCUCGAAUCAAGCUAGAGCAUCGACAAGCUUCUCGCAAACACCAUCCGUCGCAGGCGAACGAUCCUUCUCGCCCUCUCUGUCCGCAUACGACGCUCCCUCGAGCCUCGAUGUCGAUGCAUUACUCGAAUCCAACCCAUCCUCUCACCUCAAAUCCACGCAUUCACGGCAUCCACAAACACCGUCAUCAACAGGCUGGCCGUACUCCUCCUCCUCCCCGCUCGCCCGCCUCACACCCUUCGAACAGCUAACACACUUCAUGUCGACGCAAAAAGCAUCGCCCGAACUCUUACCCUUCCCCACAACACCCUUCAACUUGCUCAUCGGACAGAUGGAACAGCAGCAAUCCAUCCUCGACUCUCUGCUGCACCUAUCGACAGCAUCGAUGUCGAUGGAUGGGGGAGACGCGGAAGGAGGAGAGGACGUGGGUGGUGGGGUAGAUGAAGACGAGUAUCUUCGACUCAACUUGGUGCAGGUGGAUCUGGAGAGGUGCAAGUGGUUGUUGAAGCAGAUUUUGAGGAUGAGGAUGGAUCUGUUGCAGAAGCACGCCGGGUUCGUGGUGGGGAGGACGGGGGAGAGGAGGAAGCUGAAUGACGCCGAGGCGCGGUUUGUCACCGACAACGAAGAAGCUACACUCAGCAACGACUCCGUCCACCUGCUUCGCUACAGAUCCAUACGACACUUGGUCUAUCAAGGCUCAGUUGUUCUGCUGUAA